AUGGUACAUAUUUGUUUUAUUGAUAAUUACGGAGGUGUUGGUAAAUCGGCAUUGACAGUGCAAUUUGUUCAAGGAUUAUUCGUUGAAAAGUACGAUCCCACGAUUGAAGAUAGUUAUCGAAAACAAGUCGAAGUUGAUGGACAACAAUGCAUGCUUGAAAUUCUGGAUACUGCUGGAACGGAACAAUUCACUGCCAUGCGAGAUUUGUACAUGAAAAACGGUCAAGGUUUCGUUCUUGUCUAUUCAAUAACUGCUCAAUCAACAUACAAUGAUCUUGUUGAUUUACGUGAUACGAUUCUCAAAGUAAAAGAUACAGCUGAUGUACCAAUGGUAUUAGUCGGUAACAAAUGCGAUCUUGAAGAUGAACGUGUCGUGGGAAAAGAAGUCGGGCAAACCUUAGCGAGAAAUUGGGGUUCAACAUUUCUUGAAACAUCAGCUAAACAAAAGAUAAACGUGAAUGAAAUCUUUUUCGAUCUUGUCCGUCAAAUCAAUAAACGCACGCCAGUUAACAAAGAUAAAAAAAUGAAAAGUAAAAAUCCCAAUCCAUCUGUAUCAAGUGGCAAAUCUGGUAUAGAUGGUGUACAUGCUGAUCCCUUACAUGCAACAUCGAAUGGCAAUAACCAAGGCUGUUGUGUGCUUUUAUAA